AAGGUCCCUUUAAGACUUUUGAGGCAUGCAUGGAACAGGUGCAAUGAUGUGGUGUGUCUGAACCAUAUGAGGCUGACAUUCGUGUAGGUAUUCUCGGUGCUAGUUUGACAUGUGUUUAGCUUAAGGUUGAAGUGUUCAUUCAUAACUUAUCGUGCCAGCAACCCUAUCCUUCUGACCUGCCCAACCUGACCCACAUGACCCCCUCACUUGACGUUGACCUCGCUUGACCUUGCUUGACCGUGUGUGUCAACGAUAACCAUGGACCUUGACAAGUUGACAAAGGAGGAGCUGGUCGGGGAGUUGACUAGGCGUGGAGAAGAUGUGCGGGGAAGAAAGCCAGUCUUGUUGGAGAGGUUGAGAGAGCUCUUGAAGGAAGAAGAGUUCCAGAGUCAGGGAGCUAGGAAGCAGGCCAAGGAAGAGACCGAUAAGCUGCAUGAAGAGUGUGAGCCGAAGAAAGCCGAUGAUGGGAAGAGUGUGAAGUCGGGAUCAUCAAGAUCUGGAGGUGGAAGUGCGGCAAGUUCCAAGCCUGCCUCCAGUGUCCGAACAUCGGUCAGCAUCGUCUCUGCCAGGGCUUUGGAGAGAGCGAGGCUGGCUGGGCUGUCUGCCAAGAAGGAAGCCCUGAAGAAGAGGCACCAGCUUGAAGAAGAAGAAGCUGCAUUGAGAAAGAAGAGAGAAGAGCUGGAGAUCCAGGCGGAGAUAGACGAGAGUGAAGCCAAGGAGAAGGUCCUGGAGGAGAUGCUGAAGGUGGAGCAUGCGACAAGAGCUGCAAGUAUGUGGUUGCAAGGGGCUGCUGCCGCCGACACAGUCCAGCCACAGGAAGCUGCGGUGACAAGAGCUCUGCAAGAUGCCGCAGCUCAGCAAGAUGCUACAUCUCCAGCGGCAUCUCCACAGGAAGUGACACCAGAAUCCGUUCUGCAAGACGAGCCAACACAGCAGCAAGUAGCUGGCGGGGCUCCGGCUCAACACAGCACUGACCUGCAGAUGGUAAGGCGUCUCCACCUGCCAUCACUUGACCUGACCACUUUCAGGGGUGACACUUCGAAGUUCAAGCCCUUCCUCAGGACCUUCGAGUCCAACAUAGCAAGAAAUGUGGACUGUGAUGCUGAGAGGCUCCUGUACCUGCUUAAGUUCACCAAGGGAAAGCCACACGACCUCGUUCAGACCUGCGUUCAUCUGCCUGAAGAGCAGGGCUAUGCCCAAGCUGUCAUGUUGCUCCGCCGCAGGUACGACUGUCAGGCUCAGACCGUAGCUAGUCUGGUGGACGAGAUGCUAGCCCUACCCACCCUUAGAGCGGAUGAUGGAGACGGACUGGAUGACUUUGGCAUCUUCCUCAGGGGCUGCAUGAACGCGCUCGAGAACCUGCCACACGGUGUGGGGUCUGUUGACUCGAAGACCAUCCGGAGACUGCUGGAGAAGCUCCCGUAUCACCUGACUGAGAGGUGGCGCCGGAAAGCUGAUGCCAUCGAACAGGAAGGGAGACGUCCAGCGAACUUCAGUGAUCUUGUCCAAUUCAUCGAGACUGAAGCAAGGAUUGCAACGAACCCCUCGUACGGACGACAUGUGCUGUGCCCAGGAACAAGAACCAAGAAAGAUGACACAAAGCUGAAGGUGCAGCCCUCAGGAAGGGUAAUCGCUGGAAGAACUCUAGCAGGAAGUGUCCAGCCCAUGGAGAAUGCACACCCAUCAUGUCUCUUUUGCCAGGGAAAACACCAGAUCGAAAACUGCAAGAAGUUCGAGUCCAGGACGCACGAGGAGAGGAGCAAGUUCGUGAAAGAGAAGGGCCUCUGCUUCGCCUGUCUUCAGCAUGGCCACCGCUCCAGGUUCUGUAAGGAAAGGAGGACCUGUGAGCGGUGCAACAGAAGCCACCCAACUGUGCUCCAUGAAGAUAGGAUAAGUCCAACACCAAGUGCUACAACAGGCCAUCUGGCGCCCAGCGGGGCGGGAGGGGCCAAGCUCCAGGUGCUGAAGGUGAUGGUGGGGCUAGACAAGGAGACUGUGGUAACUAACGCCUUUCUGGACAGCGGUAGCACACACUCGUUCAUCUCAAAGCACCUGUUGCAGAAGAUGAAGGUGACGCCGCAAAACAACUCAUCACUGAGGGUGUGCACGAUCAGGGGAGAGGCGGUGAUGGACAGCUGUCUCGUUCCUGGUCUGGUCAUCAGAAGCCUCGAUGGGGACAACUGCAUGGAGCUGCCGCCUCUGUAUGUCCUGGACCACAUCCCUGUGACGUCUGAAGACAUUCCAUCCGAAGAAGAUGUGAGUAAAUGGAAAUACCUGCAAGAUGCUGGAGUAUUUCUGGAGACACUAUCAGGUGACCAAGAGAUUGGCCUCCUGAUAGGAGGUAACGCGGCCAGUGUGAUGGAGCCUGUGGAAGUGUGUCCGAGCCGAGAUGAUGGUCCCUAUGCUGUGAGAACGAGGUAUGGUUGGGUGCUGAGUGGUGUCGGGAAGUUCACCAAGUCAGUCAGCAUCAACCGCAUCAAGAUCGUGGACGCACUGGGCCCAGAAGAGCUGUUCGAGGACCGAGCCGACACAAGAAGAGGUCUGUCGGUUGAAGAUGUAAGAUGGUGCACACAGAUGGAGACAGGCUGCAGACGAAGAGAAGGGAGAUACGAGAUCAAGCUGCCCUUCAGGGAGAGCAAGCCGCUUCUUGACAACAACCGUCAAGUUGCUCUCAAGAGGCUCAAUCUUCUGAAGAGGGCCUUUGAGAAGGACCCGAAGUACGCUGAAGAGUACAAGGCUGUGAUGGCAGACCUGCUGGAGAAGGGGUAUGCGGAAGAGGCCCCAGACAACGAUAAACCAGCAUGCAAGUGGUACAUCCCGCACUUCGGAGUUCGGCAUCCGCAGAAAGAGAAGGUUCGGGUUGUGUUUGACUGCGCGAGCAAGUUCAACGGCGUGUCUCUCAAUGACACUCUCUUGCAGGGACCUGACCUGACUAACCCACUGAUUGACGUGCUCAUCCGUUUCCGUGAACAGCCGUACGCCUUCACGGGGGACAUCGAGGCCAUGUUCAUGCAGGUGUUGGUCCCCGAACAUCAACGAGACUACCUGCGGUUCCUGUGGUGGCCACGAGGAGAUGUCACCUGCACGCCCAAGGAAUAUCGCAAUACAAGACAUCUCUUCGGUGCUACGUCUUCACCGAGCUGCGCCAACCUGGCGCUGCACAGGACAGCUGAGGAGUUCGGUCAGAAGAUGGAGGAGGCCAGAGACACCGUGAGACGGAACUUCUAUGUGGAUGACGUCCUGAAGUCUGUGGGAAGCGAAGGAGCCGCGGUCAAACUGGUCGGAGACCUCAAGGCGCUCUGCGCCGAGGGCGGCUUCAAGCUUACCAAGAUCAGCAGUAACAGUGUCGGAGUCCUGAGAUCUGUGCCCAGAGAAGAGAGGACAAAGAAAGUGAAAGAGCUCACGCCGGGGACAGACGCUCUUCCAGUGGAACGCGCCCUGGGAGUACUGUGGGACACUAACUCCGACAUGUUCAGCUUCCAGGUAGACGUCAGCAAGUUGACGAAGAAACCGAAGACGAAGAGGGGGAUGUUGUCGGCUACGGCGUCCUGCUACGACCCGCUGGGACUGGUGACUCCAUGCAUCGUGAGAGCGAGGAUCUUGCUCCAAGACCUGUUCCGGCUGAAAGUGGGCUGGGAUGAGGAAGUGCCCAAAGCUACGAGAGAAUCCUGGGAGCGAUGGCUGCGAGACCUGCCGCAGUUGUCUCACUGUUUCUUCCCCAGGUGCGUUACGGCGGGAAGACUGGACGGGACGGUGGAGCUGCACCACUUCGCGGACGCGAGCGAGAGAGCCUAUGGCGCCGUCUCCUAUCUGCGUACCGUGACGCCGGAAGGACGCGCUCACUGCGCUCUGCUCGCCAGCAAAGCUCGACUGGCCCCCGUGAAAGCGCUCACUAUCCCCCGACUCGAGUUGGCUGCUGCCAAGCUGGCGGUUGAGGCAGGACAAGAGCUGGUCCGCGCACUGGACACCCGAGUUGAACAGAACUACUGGACUGACAGUACGACAGUACUGAAGUACAUCCGCAACACCAGGACACGGUUUCAUGUAUUCGUUUCGAAUCGGCUCGCGGCUAUUCAUGACGGGUCGAGCGUCGAACAGUGGAGGUUUGUGCCCACAGGUCAGAACCCGGCGGAUCUGGUCUCCCGGGGAGUGGACGCCCAAACGCUGAUGGGCAGUAGCCUCUGGAGAGCCGGUCCUCAGUUCCUGAAGGGGCCGCCGGAGACGUGGCCGAGCGACCCAGAAGCUGGAGAAGGAGUCUCCGAGCACGAUCCGGAGGUGAAGACAUCUACAUGCCUGAGCAGCGUCGAGGGCAAUGCCGACGCCGUCAGGCCGAUGAAGAGGCUAGUCAACCACUACUCGACUUGGAGACGGCUGACCAGGGCGGUGGCAUGGAUCCGCCGUGUGUUGCGGAUGCUGAGGGACAAGAAACGUGGCGGCAUCAUGUCGUCGCCGGCCGAGCUCAGCGUACAGGAGAUUGCAGACGCUGAGAAACUCAUCAUCUUGUCGGAGCAGGAAGCGAGCUUCCCGCAGGAGAUGAAGGACCUGAGAGCGGGCAAGGAAGUACGUCUGUCGAGCCCGCUCGCCCGCCUGGAUCCCGGCCUCCAGGAUGGCGUGCUGAGAACUCGGGGUCGCCUGAGGAACUCCGCGCUGUGCCAGACUGCCAAGUGCCCAGCGAUCCUUCCGAAGAAGGGGCGCGUCAUUGAUAUGCUGAUCGAGGACUUUCAUUGCAGAGCCGGCCACGAAGGAAGACAGCACGUCAUGGCUGACAUCAGUAGGUCUUACUGGGUGCUGGGAGCUAACUCGGCCGUCAGGCGCGUGUUGAGCCGCUGCCUGAGCUGCCGCCGAAGGCAGAGACCGCCGGAGACUCAAAAGAUGGCCGACCUUCCGGAGGAUCGGGUUCGUGAAGGCGAGAAACCGUUCACCAGGACCGGUGUCGACUUUUUCGGCAACUUCUACGUCAAGAGGGGCAGGUCUCACGUCAAGAAGUAUGGCGUAAUCUUCACGUGCCUCGCAACGCGAGCGGUGCACAUAGAGGUGGCGGAAAGCUUGUCAACUGACUCGUUCCUGUGCGCACUGCGCAGGUUUGUCGCUCGCCGAGGCGACGUACGCACCUUGCGCUCUGACCGCGGUACAAACUUCACGGGCGCAGACCGAGAGCUCCGAAACGAAGUCGACAAGCUGCAGAACGACAACAACCGGAUCCAGAAAGUUGCCCUGGACAUGAAGAUCGACUGGAGGUUUAACCCGCCGCACGCAUCGCACUUCGGCGGAGCCUGGGAAAGGCAGAUUCGCACUAUCCGCAAGAUCCUGAACGCCAUCCUGACCGAACAAUCCAUGACAGACGAGACGCUUCACACACUCCUGUGUGAGGUCGAAUGUAUAAUUAACAACCGGCCUCUGACGCCGGUCAGUGCUGACCCCAGAGACGAGACUCCGCUCACACCUAACCACAUCCUGCACCUCAAGUGUGUAACGCUUCCCAGCAGCAGCGCUACUACAGACUGCGACCUAGUCGGUCGCCGCCAAUGGAGACGAGCCGCCUACUUGGCGGAGCAAUUCUGGCGCCGUUGGCGCAGGGAGUACCUGCCGUUGUUGCAGACGAGAGCAGGACGAUCUACAAGAAGCACGACGAACAUGAAGCCAGGGGACAUCGUGCUCAUGGUGGACGACGCCGUUCCUCGCGGAACUUGGCCGCUCGGACGCGUAGAGGCGGCGCCGGCGGCCGCGGACGGACGAGUUCGCACCGUGUGGGUCCGCGUCCGCGGCACGACUUAUGCGCGACCCAUCACCAAGGUGGUGAAGAUUAUCGGCGCUACCGAGGCCGAGUGAAGAAGGAAAGUUUAAGUUUGUUUUGACGGCGAAGUCAAAAAGGGGCGGGUGUUAGUGCGCCUGUGAGCCGCGCGCCUGUGUGCGCGUGACGGAGGAGUCAUGCGUCUGCAGCGACACCUGCGCCUUACGGUCUGCGCGGUGCGGUGGAGUUUCCCAGACAGCCGCGAGAUGGAGCAGCCUGCCCCUUCCUGAGCCGUUCCCGUCCCCCCACGCUGGCUUCGCGCGGUAGCUUUAUUGGCCGUGUCUCAGACGGCGCGAACAGCUGAUCGAUACUUUUGCCCAUCUCUGUCGCGGGCGGUACUUGUUCGUUGCGUACGAUAUAUGUGUUAUCUUUUUGUGUUGUGUUUCGCGGGAUGAGUUUAUACGGGGAUAUUUUUCUGUUAUUCCGCAUGUUAUUUGUUUUACGGAUGAGUAUGGCAUGCUCAUGUGUUAAUGUUUAUGUCCGCGUGUCUGCAGUACUUGCGGGUUCCCGUGACUGGCGGGCUCUAAGUCAGCCGCCAUACUCAGUCCUUUUCAUGGUGUACUCCGUCGAGAAUGGAGGCAUGGCGCCUGAGUGGACGAAAUCGUUGCCUUUCGCCGUCGCUCAUUGGGCCGUCUCCGACCGACUGUGACGUCACCACACCGGGCGCCGCCAUCUUGACACGCUGACCCCAGUUCUUCGUGACUCUUUUCUCACGGCCUCGCUUCUCAUCUUGAUUGGGAGAGACUUGUCGAUUAGAGCGCAGAAGAGUCAGGUUAAACAGCGUCCCAUCGGCCAACUGUGACGCUUUGUUCUUUGCGUCACCUCCAACCUCGGUGGAAAGGUCAAGGUCAAGGUCAAGGUCAGGUUCAGUGUGCACCUUGCAGGUCAGGCUGGUCCGAGUGACGGUCCCGCCAGACGAGGGGUCCAGCUGCUCUCGAAGCACGGUCAGAUGGAAGCUGAUCGCACUCAGCCAAAUGAAAAGGCACACGUCGAAUGUUGCUGUCAAGCAACAAGUGAAAAUCACCACGAUAACCUGCAAAAGGACGGGGUUAUGUUUGAGCAUUCAAGCAACGGCUCGCAGCGGCAGGCGCAAGUCGUUCAGUUUUAUAUCAGCACUAGCCACGAAUCAUAUAUGUAUGUAGGUUACGACACUAAAGAAAAUGACGAGAAAUUUUAAAAAUGCCGCAGGGAUAGUCGAAAUAAGAUAAACGCAACAAAGGGAAACAUGCCACAGCUUAGUUACAACUUGAAUACCACAAUCAAUAAAAACAGACCGACGGUCGCUCGUGUUAUCACCUGGAAUCCGAAGAUGCACCAGUAGCCGGUCGGGUUUCGCAGCCCCUCGGGCACAUACACCACUGCCAGGUAUCUGGGGUGACGGUACUCCCCGGGCACCAGCACAAAGCAGAGCCACAGCACGAGCACAGCAGCGGACAGCAGCACGAUCAGGGAGCACUGCAGCAGCAGGCGGCGACGGUCCGGGCGCCGCGGCACCCGCACACGGCCGUACAGCGACUCCAGGCCCAGCGAGAUCGCCUCCAGACUGCGGCACGACCGACGGGGGAUGUGGUGAGCAGCAGGGACACUUCCAGUUGUCAAAGUGUGACGGUUGUCUCCUGUUUUCCACAGCAAUGAAUGUAAAUGCGCGCGGAAUGUAAUGCGGUACAGCAUAAAUUCAGGCGCCGACUACUAGCGACAUCUGUUGGCAGGAAUACAAGAAGCCCUACUCCAGCGUGAAAUCGUGACACAGUCGAUUCGUACUAGUCCCUCGCUGCUCAGUCGCCAACGAAGCCCUGUGUAUUGAACACAGUUAUGUUUUGAUUGAACCGACACUUGACUCGAACCCUAAGCUUGACAGCGACGCCGUAAAUAAGACAAUAAACAAAGUAUCGCUAUCAGCGGUCAUCUCAUAAAA